AUGUUACGUGAAAAGGAUAGAGGUCCAGUUACAGCUAAGAGAAGAGUACUCAGCUUACUUACCUCUCUCGUAUCUAUCAUUUGUUUCCUUUUUUUGCUCAAGAAUUUCUAUAAUCAUGAAAUAUUGAACAUUUCGGAUGACGGUAAAUUGUUCCAAUGUCAAACUUAUGACAAGGUUUCUGGAGGUUCCACAGACGACUUAAAUUACAUUAUAUCGGAUGAGUCGUUUAUUAACGGCACCAUUGGUAAGCUACAGAAUAUUAUCCGCAUUCCAACAGAAGUAUCAGAUGAGCGUCCGGAUCCUGGUACUCACCCAGAUGAAGACAUGUAUAAACCAUUCUACGAGCUGCACAAACAGCUAGAACAUGAUUUCCCACUAGUAUGGUCUAAGCUACAAGUUGAAAUAGUCAAUAAUUUGGCAUUGCUCAUUUCUUGGAAGGGUACUGACGAAUCAUUAAAGCCUUUGAUGUUCGCGUCCCAUAUGGAUGUAGUACCAGUUGAGAGGAAAACUUGGGACGAGUGGAGGCAUCCACCUUUCAGUGGCAACAUAGAAUUCGACUCAGACAACAUUCUAAAUAGCAAAAUUUGGGGGCGUGGCUCGUUCGAUGACAAAAACAUGUUGAUCGGUGAAUUGCAGGCUUUGGAAUUGUUAUUAUCACAAGAUUUCCAGCCGGAGAGAGGAAUUGUUCUUGCAGUGGGGAGUGAUGAGGAAGCAAGUGGACAGUUCGGUGCUGCAAAAAUCAACGAAAUUCUUAUGGAAAGAUAUGGUGAUGAUGGUAUAUACGCCAUUGUAGAUGAGGGUCUAAAUGGUAUCAAAAAACAAGAGGGAGUAUACAUGGCGUCCCCAGGUACCGCAGAAAAGGGCUUCAUCAAUUUCUGGAUUCAUCUCACAACACCAGGUGGUCAUUCCUCCGUUCCACCAGACCAUACGUCUAUUGGUAUCAUUUCUAGCCUGGUAAAGAAGAUCGAGAGUGAGAAAUUCCCAUUGUGGUUUACGGAAAAGAAUCCUGUUUCUCAAUGGCAUCAAUGCGCAGCACAAUACUCUCUAGAGAUGGACAAUAGUUUGCGUUAUGAUUUCCUUAAUGCUAUGAAUGACGAAGGUUCCAACGCCCGUGUCAUCGAAUACCUUUUGCAAACUGGAGGUAGGAGUAUGGAGUAUUUACUACGUACAUCUCAAGCAGUGGACAUCAUUCACGGUGGUUUCAAAUCAAAUGCUCUCCCAGAAACUGUAUCAGUGUUGAUAAACUCAAGGAUAGCUCUCGAAUCUACUGUGAACGAGACUAUGACAAAGUUUAUUAACCAACUCAAAGAGAUAUCCAACGAAAAUGACCUUGGUUUAGAAUAUAAUGGCGAUGAGCUAAUUAAACCUACCGAACAUGGAACUUUUUUUGUUGAAGUAGUUGUUGGAAAGGACCCAGCUCCACCCGCACCAAACAACGAUGCAUGGAAACACUUUGCCGGUACAGUAAAAUCUUUCUACGAAGAUAUCGUUUUCCCAACCAAGUUGGAGGAAGAUUCAACAGAACUUGUUAUCGCCCCAACAAUAAUGAGUGGGAACACAGAUUGCUUGCACUACCUAUCCUUGACAGAAAACAUCUACAGAUUCCAACCUGGAUUUGCCAGUAAAGAUACCCUUGGUACUAUUCACUCUGUCAACGAACAUGUGGACUUCGAAACAGUGAUGCAUACCGUGGCAUUCGUUUAUCAUUACAUAAAUGCUGUUCAAUCGAACUGA